CUCCCUAUGUAAAUAUGCCUCUAACCUACCCCUGACGGGGGUCUGACAUCCCAGUGAGCAAGUCUCCAAGGACCUGGGAGCCUCUUGCACCUGCAAACAAGGGAAGGAGCUGUCAGGGAGCAGCGAAAGGGGGGCUGCUCCACGAGGGAGGACGAGCCGGGAGCCGAGAGCGACCACAGCCUCAAUGGGGCAGUGAGUGACCUCCCUGGGCAGGGCACAGUCCCACGGCACCCGAGCAGGACAGCCAUCGUGGUAAUAACAGCUUUCAUUGCCUGUCCAGGGGUCAUCAGAUGAGGCAAGGUAACGAGUCAGGUUGUUUCCAUCCAGAACGUCCGGUCAGGGCAGCAGGAGACAGCACUACCAGCAGCAUAGGUGCAGGAGACAGGACUGGACACAGGUACACCUACAGCGUAGCUCAGGCGAGGAUGGGGGGCCGGGCCCGGGUGCAGAUGGGGGUCCUGGACCAUGGAGCAGAGGGUGUCUGGAUGGAGGUCCCCAGUGAGGCUGGCCAGGGCAAUUAGGGUCUGUUGGUGCCCUGACAGGAACCUCCACUGGCCACUUUUGGGGAGAGAGGGGUCUGGCUUCAUCCUGCCUGUUACACACAGUCACAGUCUCAUUCGGGUUGGACAGGACUGUAGGAGGUCUCUAGUCCAAACUGCUCGGAGCAGGGUCGGCUGUGGGGUCAGGCCAGGUUGCUCAGGGCUUUAUCCAGUCGAGUCUUGGAAACCGCUGAGGACCGAGACUGCAUGAUGUCUCUGGCACCCUGUUCUGAUGCUUCACUGCCCUUGUGAUGAAAAAAUUUUCCUUGUAUCCAGCCAGAGCCUUUCUUGUUUCAGUUUUUGUCUGUUCUCUCAUUCUCCUGCCAUACGCCUCAGCAAAGAGCCUGGCAUUGUCGUCUUGGUAACCUCUUUGUGGGUGCUGCUAUGAGAUCCCCCCAAAACCUUCAUUCUUCAGGUUGAACAAGAUGGUUUUAUUUGCAGCCUCUGAUCAUGGGGCAUGUGCUCCAGUCCCUGACCAUCUUGGUGGCUCUCUGCUGGACUUGCUCCAGUUUAUCAACGUUUUAAUGAUGCCCUUUGGCCAAGGAAGGAGAAGGGAGAGCGAGCAGAGAGUGUCUGGACCAAGCAGUGUUUCUGGAUGCAGAUGGCAAUACAGAUCAUCAUGGCCAUCUUCCUCACAUCCCACUUGUUCUUCUCCUGACACAUCCUGUGCUACUCCCCAGUUUGGGAAUACUAGAAAUUCGUGGCUCAGUGGCGUUAGCCCGUAGAAAAGUCCCCGGGAGCUUCAUGUGCGCGCCCUCAACCCGGCCUCUCUCUGCCUCCUUCCCCGCCGCUGCUGCAGCUGGGCGUGCCGGGGGACAGGGCCACGCGCGACGGGGGCACCCGGCACCCUCCAGCGCCAGGGGACGGAGCCGCACGUGACGGGGACGCCCGGCACCCUGCAGCGCCAGGAGACACCCCUGAUGGAAGACUUCCUGGAGAGAGUUUUUGACCAAACCGUUUUACACGUGGAGCUGCGAAAGGCGUUAUUGGAAGUCCUUGGAGCGGGAGCCGCCGAGGGCACGGCAUGGCAGUGAGCAUGGACGAUGACGUUCCCCUCAUCCUCACCUUGGACGACAGUGGGAGCAGCACCUCGGCCCCCCUCGACGACCUGGAGCGGGAGGAGCUGCCUAAUGAAAAUGGAGGCAGCUAUGACGUUAAUGAUGCAUCUAGCCCUGCUGCGGGGGACUGCUGUGCGCAGCAAAGCUCUGCCCAGCACAACUGGGAAAUGAACUACCAAGAGGCAGCAAUCUACCUCCAGGAAGGAGAAAAUAAUGAUAAGUUCUUCACUCACCCCAAGAAUGCCAAAGCACUUGCUGCCUACCUCUUUGCACACAAUCACCUUUUCUACCUAAUGGAACUGAGCACAGCGCUGCUUCUCCUGUUGCUGUCUCUCUGCGAGGCACCAGCUGUUCCUAUGCUCCGUCUUGGCAUCUAUGUCCAUGCAACCCUGGAGCUGUUUGCGUUAAUCGUGGUAGUCUUUGAGCUCUCGAUGAAGAUGAGAUGGCUGGGCUUCCAAACCUUUAUCAGGCACAAAAGGACCAUGGUGAAGACUUGCGUGCUGUUUGUACAGUUCAUAGAGGCCAUUGUGGUGUUGGUGCGCCAAACGUCACACGUCCGGAUAACGAGAGCCCUGCGCUGUAUCUUCCUGGUGGACUGCCGUUACUGUGGUGCAGUCAGAAGAAACCUGCGACAGAUCUUCCAGUCCCUCCCCCCAUUUAUUGAUAUUCUCCUCCUCCUGCUUUUCUUCAUGGUGAUCUUUGCCAUCCUGGGUUUUUAUUUGUUUUCUCCUAACCACUCGGAUCCCUACUUCAGUACUUUAGAGAACAGCCUUGUGAAUCUCUUUGUGCUUUUGACCACUUCAAAUUUCCCUGAUGUGAUGAUGCCAUCCUAUGCCCGGAACCCCUGGUCCUGUGUCUUCUUCAUAGUGUAUCUCUCCAUUGAGCUGUACUUCAUAAUGAACUUGCUUCUGGCUGUUGUGUUCGACACUUUCAAUGACAUCGAAAAGAGGAAGUUUAAGUCCCUGCUGCUGCACAAGCGCACGGCCAUACAGCAUGCCUACCGCUUGCUUAUUACCAAACAGAGGCCGUCUGGAAUUUCCUUCAAGCACUUUGAAGGGCUGUUGCGGUUUUACAAGCCUCGGAUGUGUGCCAGAGAGCGGUAUCUCACUUUCAAAGCACUGAAUCAAAGCAAUACUCCUUUAGUCAGCCUAAAGGACUUUUACAAUUUCUAUGAAGUUGUUGGCUUAAAAUGGAAGGCAAAACGAAAUCGCGAGCACUGGUUUGAUGACCUCCCACGGACAGCAUUCCUUAUUUUUAAAGGCAUCAACAUCCUUGUGAAGUCGCGAGUAUUCCAGUACGUCAUGUAUACUGUGGUGGCUGUGAAUGGAAUUUGGAUUCUUGUUGAAACUUUCAUGCUGCAAGGAGGGAAUUUCUUCCCCAGAAAUGUCCCGUGGAGCUACAUAGUCUUCCUCACAAUCUACGGCGUGGAGCUGCUCCUGAAAACCACUGGACUGGGGCCUGUCGAGUACCUGUCCUCGGGGUGGAAUCUCUUUGACUUCGCAGUCACCCUCUUUGCAUUUCUGGGGCUCCUGGCACUGGCGUUUAACAUGGAGCCGUUCUACUUCAUUGUGGUCUUGCGACCUCUUCAGCUGCUGAGGCUCUUUAAAUUGAAGAAACGUUACAGAAAUGUCCUGGACACUAUGUUUGAGUUGUUUCCCCGGAUGGCCAGCCUGGGUUUGACCUUGCUGAUCUUCUAUUACUGCUUUGCCAUCAUCGGCAUGGAGUUCUUUGCUGGUGUGGUCUACCCGAACUGCUGCAACACAAGCACAGUCGCAGAUUCCUACCGCUGGGUGAACCAUACCGUUGGCAACAAGACAGUUGUGGAAGAAGGCUAUUACUAUCUCAACAACUUUGACAACAUUUUGAACAGCUUUGUCACACUGUUUGAGUUGACAGUCGUCAAUGACUGGUACAUCAUCAUGGAAGGGGUGACCUCGCAGACCACUCACUGGAGCCGUCUUUACUUCAUGAUCUUCUAUAUCGUGACCAUGGUGGUGAUGACGAUCAUCGUGGCAUUUAUUCUGGAGGCUUUCGUCUUCCGCAUGAACUACACACGGAAGAACCAAGAUUCGGAAGAAGACAAUGGCAUUGUGCUGGAGAAGGAGAUCUCCAAGGAGGAAGUGGUUGGGAUAAUAGAGCUGUACAAGCGGAGUUCAGCUGCCACUGACACAUCUCAGCUGCAGAAGAUCGUUUUGCAGAUGGACAAAUAUGGGCAUAUGUCAACACUGUUUCUGGGACGCAGAUCAAGGACCAAGAGUGAUUUAAGUAUGAAGAUGUAUGAGGAGGAGAUACAGGAGUGGUAUGAGGAACACUCCAGAAAAGAAGAAUCUCAGGCACCGUUGCAAGAAUCUGCGCCUGCUUCCAACAACUUUCUGAAGCCCUUGAGCCUCCGGCAACGCUCCCAGACUGUCAUUUAGGCCUAGCUAACACAAGCCGCCCUCUAUGCAAUAACCUAGAGUAUUACUUCACAGCGUAUAUAUCGGAAUGGUGUAUAUAGAUCUGUUCACUGUACUGGUUGGCUUUAGGGUUUAAAUCUCUUCCUCAAGGCAGUGAAUUGCUGAAAAAACAGAGGCCUGGGGGGCUCUGUGUAAGACUGCUGGAACCAGGUUGAGCAUGGUGCCUGUGCUCUGCACGGAGUGAGCAUCUCAGGCAGAACAGAGUCCUCCUCCCUCUGACCUGCUUCCCAGGCUCAGACCUGUUGCUCGUCUUACCACUAACAGACCCUGGGGGAAGAGAUAUGUAAUCCAUUAACAGCAGGAAACGUGCUGAAGCCACCUGCUUAAUGAUAUUAAAAAUUUUGUCCUUUUGAAGAUCCAUUUUUUUGAAAGGGCACCAUUAACCUAGGCGUAAAAGAUCAGGGAACGAGUUUGUUUUGUUUCUUCUUGCCCCCUCCUUGUGCGAAGCAAAGGGAGGUGGUGUGAUAUUUCAGCACUUUCGGAAGAGCAGUCUGCUUUCCCCUGCUGUCUGACAUACCUGGAUGCACUCCUGUAGCAGUUCUAGCUCUGAUUAUUGAAUUUAGCUGACCGUGAGCUGUUCUGUGGCAGCUGGAGCCAAAAUGAAGGGCCAGCAGCUCACUGUGUCCAGACUACAGGUGGGAUGAGAGUUUGGGGAGACAAACUCUGUCUCUGCUGGUCAGUUCUGCCCAUGGCACUGCCCAGAGCUGGGAGUGACUGCAUAACCCCAAAGCUCUUAUCUCCAUUUGGCGAGACGGAUGAUUCCCUGGGGUGGCAGUGGUUGUUGACCUCUGCCACUUGGCCACCUGCUUUGUAAAUGGCAGAUCUUUGCCUGCUCCUUAGUCCAGAUAGAGGAUUAGGAGGAAGAAAAGGAGGAUUUUGCAGCUCCAAAUCUAUGACAUAGUUCUGUCUGCGUCUGGGUUAAGAAGAGUUUUUGGGCAGAGAGUCCAUAAAACAACACUGCUGGUUAAUCCUCAGCCAGGUCUUGGCUUUGUUUUAUGCAGGUCCUAGUGCAGCAGUGUUGCUCCUCCCUUGUUCUCACCCUUGCAGAAAGGUUCCCCAGGCUGGCAAGUGCUGACUGAGUCAAAUCUUAGGAAGUUCCUCUACUGAAGAGCUUUACUGUUCCCCUGAAUUCUGGAUGGAGGAGGAAUGUGGAAGAUAAUGCUGCUUCUCACCCAUCUGCUUUUCUGUAUCUAGCAAGGAGGCUGCGAGACCUGGGAGAUGGGAAAGCGGAUCUUUCCCCAGCUCUACCACAUUUACUUUAUAACUGUGGCAGGUUGCUUCAUCGCUCGUGUUUCAUUGCCCACAAAGUGGUGAGAACGCCUGUUGCUGUAAAUGCCUUUUUUUUUUCUUUUUUUUUUUCCUGUCACCACAGAAAGUUUUGAGAGUUAAAAGUGUCUCUCUCAGCUGGGAGGUUUCCCUCACCUCUUGCUUUUUGAUCUUUUCUCAGGUUCAGAUUAAAAGCAGAACUAGCUGGGGGGGGGGGCUUUCUCCUUCCUCCGGAUAAGUCAGGCAGUGGGAGAUGUGUGUGGCCGUUCCCCUUGUCCUGUGCUCCUGAUUUCUUACAGGAAACCUCAACGUGUGGCACGAGGAGACAGGGAGAGGACUGAACAUUUCUCGUUGAUCCUACCUGGGCAGCUAGGGAGCAUUUCCUGGGAAAGAAUGAAUGAGAUUUUCAAAAGUAUGCCAAACAGGUAAUUCUGAAAAUUUCUCCCCGCGCAGAGCAGUGGGAGUAUUUGGGUGAACCGACAGAGAGCGGGUGAGCAGUCAGCACGCACACCAAAGUGUGCUCUUCCCCCCCAGGUGCCUCGGGGCAACUCGUGGUUCCUUUUCUGGGUGCUGCAGGAGCUUUGGUAUGAGACUCCUUCUGAACUGAACUGUGAAGGACCAGCAAGGGGUGUUUUCCAAAACAUACAUCUGACCACAAAUUAAUGAGCAGUGCAGUGCUGCUCUUGCGGUUGCUCUGCAUGCACUUGUAGCCUGGGGGGUUUAUCCAGAUUAGUCCUGGUGCUAGAGGAGAUGUUGUUUCUUAUGAUUUAAGUUGUGGGCAGGAUGAACAAAGAUCAUGAAGGUGAGAGAAAAAAAAUUGUGGUUGUAUUUUUCAACUCUUCCUUCCCCUCCAGCCCAUUUCUCACUGCAGGGCAGUCGGUGACUUUUUCAGGUGUUUCCCAGGUGGGAAAGAGCUGCAGCUCUAAGCUGUAUUGUGGGGGGCACUAACCGGCUUAACACGCAAUAACAGGGCUCUCGUGUCACGGAGAACGCGUGGGAACGCCUGAACUGAUGCUGCUUUCUGUGGUUGCUUGCAGAGAUGUUGAUCUGCCCUCACAUACGCACUGUAUUAAUUAUUUUUUUAAACCAAGGAGGGUCGCAGAAGUUUACUUCUUCCGCAUGACUUUGUCUUGAAGGAAAAGAAGUUUUGAGUACGGGGCAUCCCCUUCUAUUUGUCCUCCUCUUCCCCGCCGUACGCGCAGACUAACCCCACCGACAAUCAUUUUGUAGGGAGCAAGGGAGGAAACACUGCAGGGUUUUGUACGCUGGCGUUUCGUUUAUAAAACGAUUUUAUGGACGCGUCUGUAAAAUGUUCUCUAGAUUUUUUUCAAGCACACUAAUAAAAAGCAUCCUCGGCUUUGUAAAGGCA